AUGAACAAUCAAAAUAGUACCGGACAAUAUAGAUUAUUUAGAAAAACAAAUUGGUCUAAAGAACGUUUUUUUAAAAAUCAAUCACUACAUAAAACAUCACGUUAUUUAAUUACAAUUUCAAUUAAUUAUCUAUUAGAACAUAAACAACGAAUAUUAUGUAAACAAAAUAAUGAAAUCUAUGAAUCAAUUCAAGAAAUUGAUCAACAUUUGGAUGUACUUACAGAUAAAUUCUAUACAUUAAAUGAUAUUUGUCUUUUUCUUCGUAUGUCGCCGAUGAAUUAUUUCGAAGAGAGAAUGACUCGUUUACGUCAUUCAACGAAACAAUAUAUGGCAGCAAUUGAACAAGAAAUUCAUGAAGAAGUUGAACAUUGGCAAGAUAUUCAUUCAAUUCUUUCUCAACCAUUGCUUAAACCAGGUCUAUUACGUAGUUAUUAUGGUGGAUUACCACAACCAGUUCAACAAAGUCCGUCUAGUGAAUUAAAUACAAUUCAGGAAGAAAAUGAAACAAGAGAAACAACAUCUAUAAAAUCAAAUCGUAUUCUUGCUCCAAUAAGUAAAUUUUCAAUUCUAUCCAAUGGAUUCAUUCAACAACAAAAUUUAUUACCAAAUAAAUUAAAUAAAUCAUUUGUUAAAUAUCAAUCAUUAGUAGAUGAUUCAUUGACUGGUGAUGAAAAUUUUACACCAACAAAAUUACAUAAAACUUUUAUCGCAGGUAUUUAA